AUGCCUAGCGACGCGCCCAUCGCCGUGGUCGGCAUGGCCUACCGCGCGCCGGGGAUCGGCCGCAAGGGCAUCUGGGACUACCUGAGCGAGGCGCGCUCGGCCUGGUCCGAGGUGCCGGCGGGCCGGUUCGACCAGUGGGCGUACCGCAAGCCCGGGGCCGAUAAGUCGGGCGUGUACCACGCCGAGGGCGCCCACUUCCUGCCCGGCGACGUCUACGCCUUCGACGCGGGCUUCUUCAACAUGCGCGCCGAGGAGGCGCGCAACUCGGACCCGCAGCACCGCCUCCUGCUCGAGUGCGCCUUUGAGGCCGCCGAGGAUGCCGGGUACGGGCUCGCCGACCUGGCCGGCCGCCGCGUCGGCGUCUUCGUCGGCAGCGGCCUGCACGAGUACUCGGAGCGCAUGGGCGACGACGUCUUCGCGACCAAGACCUUCACCGCCACCGGCCUGGCCCCUUGCAUGCUCGCCAACCGCAUCUCGUACUUUUUCGACAUCAGCGGCCCCAGCAUCGUGCUAGACGCCGCCUGCGCCAGCAGCGUCUACGCCGCCCACCAGGCCUGCUCCGCCAUCCGCAACGGCGACUGCGACGCCGCCUUUGUGGGUGCUUCCGCCCUGAGUCUCGGCCCAGGCACGUGGCUCGCGCUCGAGAAGACUGGAGCGCUUUCGACACAGGGACGCAGCUUCUCGUAUGAUGCCAAGGCAGCUGGCUUUGGCCGUGGCGAGGGCGGGGCAUGCCUGCUCAUCAAGCGUCUGGACGCCGCCCUCGAGGCAGGCGACCCCAUCCAUGCCGUGAUCCGCAGCUCGGCCUGCAACCACGGCGGGCGGUCCGAGGGAAUCACCAUGCCGAACGGCGUGGCUCACCGCAAGCUGCUCUGGGAGACCCACCAGGCCGCCGGCCUGGACCCUUCCGACACGCCCGUGGUCGAGGGCCACGGGACUGGCACUGCUGCCGGUGACCCCAUCGAAGCUGGGGCCUUUACGGCGGUGCUUGCCAGGGACCGAACGGCCGAAAAUCCUAUUUACGUCGGCUCUGUCAAGUCGAACUUUGGGCACCUGGAGGGAGCCAGCGGCAUGCUGGGAAUGAUAAAGGCCAUCCUCAUGGUAAAACAUGGGGUCGUGCUUCCAACGGCCGGGUUCGAGUCCAUCAACCCGAGGAUCCAGGACAAGGAGAAGAUCAGGGUGCCCGAUGUGCCCAUCCCUUGGCCCGAGAACGAGCCAAGACGCAUCAUUGUCACAAACUUUGGCUUCGGCGGGAGCAAUUCUGCCAUCAUCUUCGACCAAGCGCCUGAACGGCCCAUCGCUUCGCACGAUGGGCUGAAUGGUGUAAAAGAAGCCAACGGAGUGAACGGCACCAAGAAUGCUGCGAAUGGUCACACCAACGGCCACGCCAACGGCGAUACCAACGGCCAUACUAAUGGCCAUACUAAUGGCCAUACUAACGAUCACGGCAAUGGCCACACUAAUGGCCACUCCAACGGUCUCACUGAUGGUCAAACCAAUGGCCACGCCAACGGCCACGCCAACGGCCACGGUGCGGUCGGGAAAACCAGCCAGCCGCGCCUGUUCGUCUUCUCGGCCAAGUCGGAAGCAAGCCUGACCGCCUACCUGCCCUCGUUCGGCGAGUACCUGGACGAGGCCGAGGUGCCCGACGACGACGUCUUCCUCCGGGACCUCGGCUACACGCUCGGGCAGCGCCGCACGCAGCACGCCUUUCGCACCUUUGCCGUCGCCGACUCGGUCGAGGGCCUCCAGGAGAAGCUCUCGAGCGUCAAGCCCGCGCGGGUCAGAGACCGGGCCAUCGCGUUUGUCUUUACCGGCCAGGGAGCACAAUACGAGCAGAUGGCUGCCGGCCUCAGGCGCUACAAGGUCUUCUCGGCCGCCCUGGACCGGGCCGAGUCGCACCUCCGGACCAUGGGCGCGCCGUGGAGCCUGGGCGAGGAGCUGGCGCGCGCCGCGGGCGGCGGGUCGCGCGUGCACGAAGCCGAGAUCAGCCAGCCGGCCUGCACGGCGGUGCAGCUGGCGCUGGUGGCGCUGCUGCGUUCGUGGGGCGUCGAGCCCGCGGCCGCGGCCGGCCACUCGAGCGGCGAGAUCGCGGCCGCCUUCGCGGCGGGGCUCGUCUCGUUCCGCACCGCAGUGGGGGUCGCCUACUUCCGCGGCCUCGCCGCCGCCCGCCUGUCGCGCGAGCGCGGGGACAGGAAGGGCGCCAUGUUGGCCCUCGGCGUCGGGCCCGACGAGGCCGCCGCGCUGCUCAGGGAGCACGCCGCCGCCGCCGGAUACGCCACCGUGGCCGCCAUCAACAGCCCCAAGAGCGUGACCGUGUCGGGCGACGUGCCCGCAAUCGAGAGGCUGCACGAGGCCGCAGACGCUGCUGGGAUCUUUGCGCGCAGGCUCAAGAUCCAGAUGGCCUACCAUUCCAAGCACAUGGAGGACGUUGCCGACUACUACCUCGACGCCAUCAAGGGGUACUGUGACGAGGCCCAAGAGGCGUCAGCGACGGAAGAGGGCGACGACCGCCCCUUGUUCGUGUCCUCGGUCACGGGCAAGGUCGAGCACGCCGUGGGCGCCUCCUACUGGGUGCAGAACCUGGUCCGUCCCGUCAUGUUCGCCAGCGCGAUCCAGACGCUCAUGACCACGCCAGGCCGGACGAAGACGAAGACGGGCCAGGCGGCUGCUCCCCCCAGCUUGGUGGUGGAGAUUGGCCCGCACGCGGCCCUGAAGAGUCCCAUCAAGCAAACGGUCGAGUUGCUGGAGCAGCAGCGCCGGCGCGACGGCGGGGCCAAGGCGCAGCCGUCGGCCCCCUUCACCUACCUCCCGUCGCUGGUCCGCGGCACCGAAGCCGGGCUUGCGCUGAUGGAGCUAGCCGGCAACCUCUUCGUGCUGGGGACACCCUUGCGGAUUGGCGACGUCAACCAGACGGGCCCGCACAACUCCAACGUCGUCACCGGCGUGCCCGCCUACGCGUGGAACAAGUCGGCCACCUAUGAGAUGUGCCCGCGGGCGACGCGCGAGAAGAUAUUCCCGGGCCGACCCUACAACAACCUGCUCGGCCGGAUCCUCCCAUCCAGCGGGGGCCGGCAGCGGCAGUAUCGCCAAGUCUUCACGCUUGACGAGUUCCCCUGGGUCAGGGACCACGCCGUGGCCGGAAUCGUCGUCUUCCCCAUGACGGGCUAUAUCGCGUGCGCCAUCGAGGCCGCGCGAGGGUGCCUGGGGCCCCAGCCGGCGGCUGCGUUCCUGAUCCGCGACGUCAACGUCGGGGCCCGCCUCGAGAUCAACGAGGACGAGACGGUGGACAUGACGACGAGCAUCUGGCCCUCGGCCACGGGGCCGGGGGUGGCCUCGUCCUCGGCCUGGGACUUUGACGUGUCGACAUGGUCCGCGUCGGGAGGCUGGGUCGUGCACGCUCAGGGUACCAUCGUGCCCGAAACCACAGAGAUGACUGCCGACACGCCAACCUUCAGGGCGUCGCUGCCCAUCGUCGAAGCCGGUGCGUCGGGCCUGGUAGAGCACGACAUGCAAGAGGCCUACGAGAAGUCGGCCGCGCGCGCGACGCGGUUCGGCCCGACCUUUAGGAACACGGAGCGCUUCUUCGAGGGUCGGGGCUACACGCUGCUUGAGCACAAGCUGCGCGACGUGCACGCGGACAGUUGGGAUGGGGCGGACCCCCGCGGGUCGCCCGUGACUGUCGAUCCGCCCACCCUCGACGGCUUCCUGCAGGGCGGCGGGCCGCUCCAGGUGACCGCGGACGGACGGAAGCCGGCGCAGAUGCCCAACUACAUCAGCCGCUUCCGCAUCUCCAACAACAUCCCGUCCACCCCAGGCCAGCGCAUCGACGUAGUCACGCGUCUGCUGGCGUACGAUGUCAAGGGCGGCCGCAUGUCGAUCGGCAUCGCGGCAUUUGCACGCGGGGCCGACGGAAGCAUUACCCCCGUGGCCGAGUGGGAGUCCAUCGCCUUCCGGUCCAUCGGAUCCGCCGAGGAGGACCUUGACCCAGCCGCGAGCCUCCCCAGCAGCUGGGCCUUUGAGCUGCUGCCCCGGCCCGACUGUCUGUCGACCGGGGAGCUGACGAAGCGAAUGAUGGGCGUUGGCGAGCUCGACGGAGACGCUGAGACGGCGCAGUGGAUCAAGUUUGAGCAGAUUGCCUGGCACUAUAUCCACAAGGGCCUGGACGCGACCAUGGAUCAAGACCCUGCCGAGAUGCCACACCAUCUCGCCCAGCUCGUCAAAUGGGGGAGGCGGUACCGCGACAGUGCUCCAGCUAGCCACCAAGCUGCCGCCUUGUCCUCGGAAGACGUAGCGGUGUUGUGUGGGAAAGCCGCGUCCGCCGACGCCCGCGGCGAGAUGCUCGUCCGCGUGGGUGAAAACAUCGUGCCGAUCUUAAGAGGCGAGAUCGAGCCGCUGGAGCUAAUGCUAGCGGACGGGCUGCUAUCGCGUCACUACGAGGCCGACAAGAUCAACGGGCAUCUGAGCCGCGUGCUUGGCCGCGUGCUCGCCAGCUUCAGCGACAUCGAGCCCAACAUGCGCAUCCUCGAGAUCGGCGCGGGGACUGGAGGCACGACGCUGCCCGUCCUCGAGGCCCUCUCGCCCGCCGUCGGGGAGCCCGGCGAGCCCGCAUUCGUUAGCUACACCUACACCGACAUCUCGUCGGGUUUCUUCGAGAAUGCUAGCGCCAAGCUCGCACGGUGGUCCCAGCGUAUCACGUACAAGAAGCUCGACGUCACGCAGGAUCCGGUCGCCCAGGGCUUCGAGCUCGGAGAGUACGACGUCGUCAUCGCGGCCAACGUGCUGCACGCGACCGAGGACAUGGCGGUGACCAUGGCCAAUGUGCGCAAGCUGCUCAAACCGCGCGGGCACGUCCUCCUGCUCGAGGCCAACCGCCACGCGGCGGCCAUGCUGCCUUUUGUCAUGCUGCCAGGCUGGUGGUACGCCAAAGACGCCUACCGCGACCGUGACGAAGGCCCGCUCAUGCCCCUCGACGUAUGGGACCGCCUGCUACGGGAUUCUGGCUUCACGGGGGUCGACGCCCAUAUAGGAGAUGGGCUGACCGAGGCGGGAGAGGCGCCGGCCAUGAGCAUCAUUUGCUCGAGCCGGACCGGCAAGUGGACCGACGACCGAGGCGUGGUCGUGGUCGGCCCAUUCAUGGACGACGAGGAGGUCGAAUUUGCCCAGCUCGUCGCCGACGCCGUGGUGGACCGCUUCGGGUGUCCGGCCGAGAUAAGGCCGUUCGCCGAGCUGGACCCGGCCGACGAGCCGUGCUACAUCGUCAUCGACUCACCGCGGCACAGCCUCAUGGCGGGCGUCGACGCGGAGCGCUUUGAGGGCCUCCAGACAGUCAUGCUGCGCAACGCCGGCAUCCUCUGGGUCGUGCCUGAGGACGGGCCCGUCGAAGCAUCCUCGGCCAAGGGCCUGAUGCGCACUAUCCGCCUUGAGAAUGAGCCCCGCAACUUCCUCACCCUUGAGCGGGUUCCCAUCACGGCCGAUCAGGGGCUGCCCGCCAUCCUGCGUAUGACGCAGACCCUGCGCGACCCCGAGGCCACGAGGCUGCACGAUCAGGACUUCACUUGGCACCAGGGCGCGAUUCACGUCUCCCGCAUGCGGCUGGACCGCGACGCGAGCGAGCUGCUCGCCGUCGAGCAAGGCGCCUCGUACCGCAAGGAGCAGCGUCUCUGGGCUGGGACCGAGACACGCGCUCUCGAAAUGACCAUGGACGCGGCGGGGAGCCCGGACUCCAUCUACUUCCGGCGGACCGACGUGCUUCAACGGCCCCUGGGUCCCGAAGAGGUCAUCGUUCGCGUCGAGGCCGCCGGCGUCAGCCACCGCGACCUGAGCCUCAUCACGGGCGCCAUCCCUUGGGAAGCGCCGGGCUUUGACGGCGCGGGCGUCGUGGAGCGGUGUGGCUCCGACGUGGCGUCCUUGCAAGAGGGCGACCGGGUUAUGUUCCUCGCGGCUGACGCCGAGGGCGCCAGCGCCUUUGCGACGCACAGGCAGGUGCCAGCUUGGCUUGCCGCCAGGGUGCCGGCGCGCGUUGAACCCACGGACGCGGCAAGCAUACCCCUGGCCUAUUCGCUCGCGGUGCUGGCCCUUUUCCGCACCGCCCACAUCCGUGCCGGCGAGUCCGUCCUCAUUCACUCGGCGGCCGGCGCUCUGGGGCAGGCCUGCUUGGCCCUGGCCCGCCAUGUAGGAGCUGAGGUGUUUGCCACAGCCGGCACCGAGGCCAAGCGGAAGUUCCUGCACGAGAGCUGCGACCUCGCAAGAAAUCGCAUCUUCUCCAGCCGCACUGCCGAGUUCCGCGACCGCGUGCUGGCGGCAACUGGCAACCGCGGCGUCGACGUCAUCGUCAACUCUCUCGGCGGCGAGCUUAUGGCGGAGACGUGGGCCGUGGCCGCGCCGCUGGGCCGCUUCGUUGACGUGGGAAAGAAGGAUGCGUUCCAAAAUAGCUACCUGCCCAUGGGACCAUUCAACCGAGGUGUGACGUAUACCGCCGUCGAUGUCCGGGAGCUUGGCCGCCAUCGACCUGAGGAAAUGAAGGCGGUGUUUGCCGAGGUGGCUGCGCUGAUGCGGAAACGCGUGGCGCUGCCCAUCCAGCCCGUCACGGUGCUUCCCAUAUCUCAGCUCGCCGCCGCCCUCCGCAGAAUCAGGUCGGGCGAGGCCCAAGGCAAGCUGGUUGUGACGCUCGAGGCCGACGACCGCGUCGUUGCCGAGAGCGACCUACAGGCCUCGGAUGCGCAGCUGAGAGCGGACGCGACGUACCUCGUCACGGGCGGCACACGCGGCAUCGGCCUCAAUCUGGCUCGCUGGAUGCUCGAGAACGGCGCGCGCAACAUUGUUGUACUGGGCAGGAGUGGCGCGUCCGGGCCAGAAGUGCAGCAGCUUAUGAAAGAGUACGAGGAACGUCCGGAUGUGGCGAUACGCGCCCCGCCUUGCGACGUGGGCUCGCGGGAGUCACUCGAGGGUGCUCUCGAGUCCAUCAAAGACCUGCCGGCUGUGCGUGGCGUCAUCCACAGCGCUCUUCUUCUAAAGGACUCGCUCUUUGAGAAUGCCACUUUCGAGAACUGGCAAAUCGUCAAUAACCCAAGGGUCGAUGCUGCUUGGUACCUAGACGAGCUUCUCCCCAAGGAUAUGGACUUCUUCAUCGGCCUCAGCUCGUUCCUCGGGGACACGGGAAACGCUGGACAGGCCAUUUACGCCGGCACAGCGGUCUUCUACCACGAGUUUGCCAAGUACCGCAGCGCCAGGGGCCAGCACACGGUCAGCAUUGCGCUUCCCGUGGUGCUAGAUGUCGGCUACGUGGCCGACAACAACCUGACCGACAGCCUCCGCAACACCAUCGGCGCCACCCUUACCAUCCAGGACAUCCGCGCCCUCAUCAAGGGCGCCAUCGCGGGCCCGGCCUCCAGGGGAAUGGCCUUCUACCCGAGCCACAAGGCGGUCGCGUUCAGCAUGUACCUCGACGGUGCGCGGGUGCGCGACGGGGGGCCCUGGAAGUACUUCCACCCCACCCUAGCGACCGAGUGGCUCAAGGACGAGCGGCGGAGACGCGCAAAGGGUGGUGCCGCCGGGGCUGGAGGCGUGGGCGGUGGUGCUGAGGCGUACUUGUCGGGCUCGUGGGCCACGGCCGAGGACCCGCUGACCGGGCUGACCGAGGCGCUCGUCUCCAAGGUGUCGGCGAUGACCAUGAUGGAUCGGAGCGAGGUCAGCCCGGACACGCCACUGGCGGCCUUCAGCCUCGACUCCCUCGUGUCGGUCGAGCUGCGCAAUUGGAUCCGCAGAGAGACGGCUGUCGAUCUGCCUCUGAGCGGCAUCAUGCAGGCCGAGAGCUUGCGGGCAAUGGCGACGGAGAUCCUGGCGCAAAGAGCAAAAGGGGAGGGGAAUAAGGCCACGUAG